AUGGAAUCACUUUCUCCCCAUCAAAGUCAUAUGAGAAGAGUUUCUUAUUCUAGUUUGAACAAAGAUGAAGAAGAAUAUGAAGAAGAGGAAAACGAAGUUGAUUCUUUUCGAGAUGAGAACAUUGACUCAAGUUCUCAUGAAUCUAGAGCAUUGAAUGAAACUAAAAAGAAGCGCUCGAAUAAGGCAAAUUUAGUUUUUGAAGCUGAUGAAUGUGCUGGUCGUAUAGUUUGGGAAGAUAGUCAACAAUUCAUCACUAAGGGUGGGUAUGUAGUUAGAGAUCAUGCAAAAUUUGAUGGAACCACUUGGAAAAACCAAUCAGAUGUGUUGAAGUAUGACAUUAUCACUAAAUGCACGAUAUGA